AUGCCUCCGACUCCGACGCGCUCGGUGCAGCGUGGUGGCGGCGCUCGACAAAGGCAGGGAUCCUCUCUUCACCCUCAUGCCGGUCCCGCAGCAAGCACUAUUGCAGCAGCAGCAGCAGGAGGCCGUUCAUCCGCACAACCAGCACGAGGCGGCAAAGCAACACAGACGCAUGAUGCUGCCGCCGUACCCUUCGUCCAUCCCGCCCUCGCCUUAUCAUCUGGCGUUCUGCCCUCCUCAUCCUCCUCCACGACUACUGGUCUGCCAGCAGUGGUAGCAGCGCAGGUCCGUGGCAGACGGCCGUUCAACCACCGCAACCUCUUCGCGCGAGACCUACGCAACCUCAUGUACGCUUACGGAGACUCGCCCAACCCCGACCCCGACUCGGUACUGCUCAUGGAGGAAAUGACGGUUGACUUCAUCACCGACCUCUGCUGCCGUGCUCGCCCCAGCCCGUACGCGCUCGGUCUCGGAACCAGCGCUAUCUCCAACAGCUCCAGCUCCUUCGGUGCAACCUUGGAACAGUCUUUAGCUUCGCUCGAUUCAACCGGCAACCUCAACGGCGUCGACGGCACCCCGCAUACGCUGCCUCCCAGAGCGCCGCAUCGACUGCGUGUCAAGCUGGAAGACUUCCGACACGCACUCCGCAAGGAUGUUGAGGCUAAGAAGUUGGGUCGUAUGGAGCAGCUGCUGUAUGCGGACAAGGUUGUGACGGAAGCAAGACGCGUCGGCGGUGUCGAGGAGGCCGCCGAGCGCGCAGGUGCUAUGCAGACCGACAAUCUACCUCCGCAGCCAGCUUCCAGCGCAGACGCGCCGUCACAGGGAGCGGAUCUGGAGGAUCUGGACGUCGACGACGCUGAUGACGACGGGAAACCUGCAAAGUCUGGUAAAGGAAGAUCGAAGGGCGGCGCAGGCGGAAGGGGAGGAGGGAAGGGAAAAGCGAAGUCUAAGGGUGGCGCGGCUACUUCCAGAGCUGGAUCGGCCAGGUCUUCUGUUCAACCUGCAUGA